AUGGCAGGUAAGAGGCCUAAGAGCGACAGUGGUGCUGCCACUGAGAAAGACCCUCGCAGAAGACCACAGUGGAAAGCUACAGAGGAAGACUUCUCCAGCAGACCACAGCAGAGAAAGAGACCGGGUCAGAAUCAGAAGAACGAAAUCAGGGGUGCUACAUUGUCCCCUUGGCUGGAUCUGAUCAUUACCAACCUGCACCUUCACACUAUUGUUGAAGAAGAGGGCUUGGUACAUCUCAGGUCUUUGGGUCACUGCUCUGAAUUUCCUCUGAAAACUUGGGAGGUUCACUCAGAACUGGUGAGAGUGUAUGACCACACAAAGGAGAAAGAGAAGAGAGCAUUAGAUGACGCAGACAGCAUUGCUCUGUCCUGUGAUGUAUGGGAAACCACACCUAGAAAUUACUUUAUGACAGUGACCUCUCACUUCAUAAAUAAAUUAUGGAAGCAGGAAUCCUUGGUUUUACAAACCACCAAAAUACCCACAAAAUGCACAAGUGAUGAUAUUGCUGAUCAGAUGAUAACAAUAGCAAAUGCAUGGGGGAUUGAAAAGAAGGUUCACAUGGUUGUAACCAAUGCAAAGCAGAUGGACAGGGCCAUGCAAAAAGUUGGGUGGGACCAUUUACCCUGUUUGGCCAAAACCCUGGACCAAGUGUUUCAGCAGGUCAUAAAUGCAAAUUCUUGGGAAUAUCUGCUUAACAAGUGCCACAAAGUUGCACAGUUUUUCUGCUACAAUGAAGAAGCAGAGAAAAGAUUCAGGAAGGCUCAAGCAGACCUAAAUCUGCCUAACCAGAGUCUCAGCAUGGCUGCAGGAACUACAUGGCUCUCAGUCCUGCACACGCUGGAGAGAAUGUCACAGCAGCACGAUGCUGUGAGAGAAGUUCUCUCCAACAUGCACAAUCAAAAACUCAUACUGAACGAAGCUGAUAAAAAUAAAAUGCAGUGUAUGAUCAAAGCCCUUCAUGCCUUUAAGGAAAUUACAGAAACGCUGAAAAACGACCAACAUUGCUCAGCGUCCUGCGUCAUUCCAUGUCUGACAGAACUGCACAGAAAGCUAAAAAAGCAGAAAGACAGUAAACUCGCCCAGUUCCUGGCUGAUGAGUGUCGCAUGAAAAUCUCACAGUUUCAAAGGAACGACCAUCUGACUCUUAGUACAGCUCUUGACCCAAGAUAUAAGCAAGUCGUAUUACAUAAUGUUGGUUUGUGGCCUGGUAACAGCACUGAGGAAAAAAUAAUUGCUAUGCUUAGCAGUAAUGUGAGUUGUAUGUCGGAGAAAACAAUUCAAUUUGCUGCCAUAACACAACCCUUUAGGAGAGCUCUGUAGAAUUACUUCAAACUGGUUACACCUUCAAAAGAGAGAGAUCCUCUGAGUUUCUGGAGGCGUAACUUUAGGGAAGUGAGCAAGGUUGCACUCACUGUGCAGCUCACUGUCCUUGCCACAGCCAUCCCUCAGGGGCGCGUGUUUAACCUGCACCAAUCACAACUCCUCUCCAAGCGUCGAAGUGUUCUGGAGCCACAACAUUUAAAUAUGAUGCUGUUUCUCAAUGGAAACUUGAACCUGCUCAGAGACUGUGCAGUGUGA